CGCAUGCUGUUUUUUAUUUAAACAAAGAAUGAAUAUGACCGACCCCAUGGCGUUGAAUUUGCAAUUUCUGCCCCACUAAACCCCACCAACUCCUAGUGGCAAUAAUGCAAUUAUUACAAGUCCAUUUCCUCCCCUUCUUCUUCUCAGUCCGCAUUUAUAUGCAUCAAUCUUCCUCCCUCUCUCCCCACUCCACACAUUAUCCUUCUGUCUAUCUAUCUUUAAAUCUCCCCUCCGCUCAAGUUCGAAUCCGUAUCUCUCCCAUUCUUCUCCUUCUCCUCCUCCAAUGUCCCCUAUUCAUUCCCCCCUAUAAUUUAUUCUCUGCUCUGCUUUUAAUUUCGUCCUCACCACCCAUCAUAUCGAUCUAUCUCCAGAAUUCCAGACCAGUUUUAAUUAAUUAACUAAUUAAUCUGGAUCUUCUCAAACCCCACAUUCUUCCUUAAUCGCACCAUUAUAAAAACCUAAUCAGCAUGUAACUCUGAUUAAUCGCCUUUUUUUUACUCCCCCCCCCAAAAAAAACAAAAAAAAAAUUUGUUUAGUAAUUAGUUGUGUCGUCGGUUUUAUUCAUCUGCUGAGGAAGAGGGACAUGCCGGAAUCUGAGGGAGGAACUCCGACGGCGUCUGCGCCGGCGACUCCGGGGACGCCGACUCCGCUAUUCACCGCCCUGCGGGUGGAUUCGCUGUCUUACGACCGGAAGUCGAUGCCCCGGUGCAAGUGCUUGCCUUUCGACGCCCCCACUUUUGGGACGCCUCACUCCUGUCUCCUCCCCGACUUCCCCGCCCCGGACGUCUCCCUCUCCCGCAAGCUAGCGGCGGAGUUCGUGGGAACAUUCAUCCUCAUAUUCGCCGCAACAGCGGGACCCAUAGUGAACCAGAAGUACAACGGCGUGGAGUCGCUGAUCGGAAACGCCGCAUGCGCCGGGCUUGCCGUCAUGAUCGUCAUCCUCUCCACCGGCCACAUUUCCGGAGCUCAUCUCAACCCGUCCCUCACCAUCGCCUUCGCCACGCUCCGCCACUUCCCGUGGGCCCAGGUGCCCGCGUAUAUAGCGGCGCAGGUGUCUGCGUCCAUAUGCGCAUCCUUCGCUCUCAAAGGCGUCUUCCACCCCUUCAUGGCCGGCGGCGUCACCAUCCCUUCUGUCGGCACCGCCCAGGCUUUCGCCCUCGAGUUCCUCAUUACUUUUAAUCUCCUCUUCGUCGUCACCGCAGUUGCCACCGAUACUCGAGCGGUGGGAGAACUGGCAGGCAUUGCUGUUGGAGCUACCGUUAUGCUAAACAUCCUCGUAGCCGGGCCGUCGAGCGGUGGUUCGAUGAAUCCAGUGCGUACACUUGGGCCGGCAGUGGCAGCAGGGAAUUACAAGUCAAUAUGGAUAUACCUUGUGGCACCCACGCUCGGCGCCCUCGCCGGAGCCACCAUCUACACGGUGGUUAAGCUUCGAAAAGAGGAUGCACCCGUCAGCCACCCCAGGAGCUUCCGCCGCUAGCUAGCUAGCUAGCUAAUUAUCAGGCCGCUCCCGGGCCCGGCAUGUAUCCAUCGGAAAAGCAUAUUGUAAAUAUAUAAUUAUUUGCCAUCCAGUGAUCGACUUCAAGUUGUGUUUCCUACCGGUACGUUGUGCUAAGGUAUGUGUCGUCGUCGUCCUCUUAUCAGAAUAAAUUUGCAUGACAACACCAUCAUGUAAUCGUGUGUCAAUAAUGAAGUGGAGUGUGUGGUACAUACUCAAACUAUAUAUUCACUUGUGAGAUGCUGUGAUAUAUUAUACUGUACUCUAUGUAUGUAAAUUGUGUUUCCAAAUUAUCGACUUCAAUUACCUAUAUGUUAAUUUUUCAUCCAUCAUACUUAGGCUCUGCUAGGGAUGGUUGUCGUGUUCCGGACGGACACCUAGGCUUCCCACCGCCACAUCAAAGCCUUCUCGUCCGAGAGGGCUCAAAAUAUUAAUUUUGGAUCGGGUCAAUUUCAUUUUUUCAUUUUUCGAGACCGGCCUUAGGGGGCGAUGUCCCCGCAGGGUACAGCUGCCACGCAGCUUCCAAUUCAUGUUCUCCCUUGUCGUGACCAUACUGCCUAUGCAAUGAGAUUAGGAGUGAUUUAUUAAGAGGAUUUUCCAUAAAUAGCAUCAUAUGUU